ACGAAAAGUUUCACCGUAUUGCGCAAUUGUUGAAAAUUAUUUGUUAGUUUCAUCCCAUAUUGUUUAAUGUGUAUUGUAAAUUGUUUUGAUAAUUUUGGUUAAUAAGAUGUCGCAAAGUACAAUUAAAAUUUAUAACAGUGAACAGUUUUCCUCAAUAUGUAAAGGAUUAAAAGUUGCAGAUUGUAUGAAAAAUUCAGAUGAUUAUCAACAAGAUGCCGAACAAACUUUACUGCAAUUACAAACCCUCGCUGUAUCUGAUUCUCUUUUUUGCUCAUUUUGUCAAGAAACAUUUGAUAAUGUGGUUGAUCAAAGAAAUCAUUAUAAACUUGAAUGGCAUCGAUUCAAUUUAAAGAGGAAAUUGAUUGGUAAAAAGCCAUGUACAAAGGAUCAGUUUGAUAUCUUAAAAAAUGUGGCUGUUAAAGGUGAUCUAUUACCAUCGAAUUCCGAUGAUGAGCAAGAAUUUUCAACUAUUUCUGACAAUGAAAAUGAGGAAGAAAUCAGCGAUUCAGAAAAUGAAUCAUCAGAACAAUAUGAUAAAAAUCGACAGCUAGUAUUAUUGGCAACAAAAUAUUGCCAAGUGUUUUUUAGCAACGAAAACAAUGAUUUAUUUUCAAUAUAUAGAUGUCUAUUACAUCAGAAAAAGACUCAAUUAACUGAUGAUGAAUUGAUAACAGCGACCAGACGUUGGGAGAAAAACUCACAAAUUUGUAUAGUCUUAGUUGGUGGAGGUCAUUUUGCUGGAGCUAUAUUUAAUGGUGAGAAAGUUCUUUUUCAUAAAACUUUCCACAGUUAUACAGUGAGACAAGGCCAAGGGGGAUCUCAAGGCUCACAUGAUAAUAAGCGGGGAGCCGCAAAAAGUGCUGGGGCUAGUCUGAGAAGAUAUAAUGAGGCUACCCAUAUUCAACAUGUUCAAACAAUAAUGUCUAGCUGGGAACAAGAAUUAUUAAAUUGUCAUGUAAUAUUAUAUAGAGCGAGUGGGCCAUAUAAUAAACAAGUAUUAUUUGGUGGAAAGAUACCAGCCUUGAAUAAAUCUGAUCCACGAGUUAGGCCAAUUCCUUUUCCAACUAAAAGAGCAACUUUCCAUGAAGUCAAAAGGGUUCAUGAUAUAAUUACUGCUAUUGAAAUAAAUAAAAAUUUUGAAGCUGGCCCAAUGCCAAAGGUCAGCGUAGGAAACUCAUCACCAAAAUCUCAAGCCCCACAGGAAAGAAGAAGUAAAUCUAUUUCACCAAGGAAAUCAAAAAUAAACAGAGCAAAAUCUAGAGAAAUUACUCAAAGACCUUUACCAUGUAGUCUAAGUAAUAGUGAAUCAGAUGAUGAUAUUGAAACCGAUCCAACACUAUUUUCCAAUAAUCAAGAAAUAAACUUACAAGAAGUUUUACAGGAAUCUGAUAAUUCUCCAGUAAAACCUAAAGUAAAAAAGCGUACCAAGAAAAAAAAUAAAGCGCCCAAAAUUAAAUUAGAGAUCAAUGAAGUUUUAGUUGAUAUGAGACAAAAAAUUUAUAAUGCUAUUAAGUUGAAUGAUGUAAGUUUAUUAAAAUCGAUUUUUACUGAGAUAGAUUGUUCCAUUUCGGCUGAGAAAGUUGAGAGUAAUACUGGCAAUAAUAACUUUUCAUGGACGACGGAUGAACUAGUUAAGUUUCUGAAUGACACUUCCAGUAAUAGUAAUAAAAAUACUUUUCUGCAUUUGGCGAGUCAAAAUGAACAGCCUGAUGUGGUGCUGAUUCUUUUAAAUUCUGGAAGUGAUCCUUGCAUUAGAAAUACUCAAGGAAAAACACCAUACUGCAUGACAGAAAAUGCGAAUGUUAGGAAUAUUUUCAAAACUUUCAGGAUGCAAAAUCCUGAGAAAUUUAAUUAUGCUAAGUCUCAUAUCCCAGAAAUUUUAAAUGAAGAUGUGGCUAGUGAACGCGCAGAGAAGCGAAGAGAGAUCAAAAAAGCAAAACGAGAACGUGAAAAAAUAAAAAGAAAAGAGGAAGCUGAAAAAAAAUUUGAUGAAGAUGAAAGAGUUAGGUUCAUGCAUCUAAGUGACAGAGAAAAGAGAGCUCUGGCUGCAGAACGACGUAUGUUGGCUAAUCCACCAGUGACAGCAAUAGGUAUGAAGGUACUUGCCAGGUGUUUUACAUGUGGGGCAGAUAUUUCGGGUAAAGUGCCAUUUGAAUAUAAUCAGAACAGAUUUUGUACAAUAGAUUGUUUAAAAGCUCAUCGAUUGAGCAAUACAAAAAUACUAAGUUAAUAAGAAUAACACUGGA